UUGAAUUCAGAGGGUGAAAAUUUAACUUCCCUAGCUGGUAACAUAGUGAGUGAGCCUGUUGGUCAAUUAAAAAGGAAAGUAGUGGAAUCUCAAAACUCUAAACCAGAGCUCCCUGAGAUAAACACUAAUGUGGGCAGCUCCCAAGAUCUUGUGGAGGUGAAUGUUUUGAAUGCUGAAGGAGGAAAGUAUCCUCUCAGGAAACAAAGGGGCUCUGUUAGACAACCUAGGCAGGUUAAACCUUUCAAGCCAGAGGGAAUGCAAAUAGAUAAAGCUGUGGAAGAGGGCAUGUUCGGGAGGCGGGAGGAGAUGAUCUUCAUCCACGAGCAUCCUCUCAUGCUCGUCUGUGUCAGUCGGUUGGCGGGACGAUCCGGGUCGAUCAGUAGUAGGGACACUCUGCCCAAGCCGCUGAAAGUAAGACGUGAAGGCCUGACGACUCAUAUAUGGCUGGGCUGUGGUCCGGGUUUUGAUGAGGUCGGCAUUUUUGAGCUCGGCGAAGUUGAUGCAUCGCAUCGUAGACUUGUCCUCGUGAUAGAUGAUGUCGUGAAGGUUGUACGGCUCUGGGUCGACUCCGAAAUGGCGGGCGAGUGCGGUGACAAAGUGCCCCAAUGCCGGAAUGCCACGUCGGCUGAGUGCCACUUCCUGAAGAGAGUUCUGGAAGAAGGUCAUGGAGCAUACUCGCACGCCCGCCCGCAUCGCCCAGAGGAGAAAAAGCUCGGUCUCGCUUAUCUUGUUCGCCUCCUUCUUUCCGGUGAUGUUGUAGCCGAUGAACCGGUGGACCACGGCCGUGGCCAAAUCCUGGAUGAGCCCAUUCGACAUCCCGCCGGAAUCCCAUUUGGUAUGCGGGGAAAGCUCGGCCCAACACGCCUUAGCGUCGAAAUCCGGGGCUUUGUUACGGGUACCUUCGAAGGUGAACCCGCACACCCGCUCCAUGACGUCGUUGUCGACAACGUACUCCUUCCCCUUGAGCCGACAACAAGGCUCAUCGCGGGUGCAACGGGUGUGAGUAACAGAACAUGCGUUGUGGUGCGCGCGCAUUGCAGGCAUAACGGGUCGGCGCCAAGUGCACGACAGUUGGGCGCAAGUCCCAUCGCGUGUGCGACAUGGUGCUUGUCGGUUGGACUCGUCUCGUCCGGAUCGGACCAAUGA